AUGCCUCACGACGGGCCGAUACAGCUAAAGAAUGGACAAAUACUCGGCAAACGAUGGAAAAUAAUAAAGAAGAUCGGAGAGGGAGGAUGUGGAUCGGUAUAUAAAGUCGAAGAAACGACCACCAAAGUCGAAGCCGCAUUGAAAGUCGAAAGCAACUACGUUCCUGGCGGUAGUGUGCUCAAAUUGGAAGUUUCGGUGCUUCGAAGGCUUUAUGGGAAACCCAAUGUGUGUCAACUGCUGCAUUCGGGCAAAAACAACACUUACUCGUACAUGGUGAUGACACUUCUCGGCGAAUCUCUCAAUCAUCUUUUCCGGAAAUGUGGCCGAGAGAUCAGCGUCUCGACACAAGUUCGCCUGGGAUUAAACAUCUUGCAUGGAUUGAAGCAGCUUCACGAUAUUGGAUACAUACACCGUGACAUCAAACCAGCCAACUUCGCCAUCGGUCCAACUGGAACACAAGCUGCCCACUUCAUCCAUAUUCUUGAUUUCGGCCUGUCACGCGAAUUCGUUCAACGCAGCAGCGAUGGAAAGAUGACAAUGCGACGUCCAAGAACUCGAUGUUUGUUCAGGGGAACAACUCGCUAUUGCUCGCUGAACACACAUGACAAAGGGGAGCAAUCGAGGGUUGACGAUCUGUGGUCAUUGCUCUACGUGAUGGCCGAGCUUCGAGGAACGCUUCCAUGGCAUGCCAGUCGAGACAAGAAGAAGGUGGCUGAAAUGAAGCGGUCAACAGCCGAUAAGAUGUUACUCUACAACAGCCCUGUCCAACUCCUCGAUUUCGCCGAACACCUUCGUGAGCUCAACUACUACACCCGUCCGAACUACAAGAAACUCGCCGAUUUGCUGAACGAGGUGAUGGCCGAAGGAUCCUUCAAAUUCACGGAUCAAUGGGAUUGGGAGAAGAGCAGCUGUCUUCGACGUAUUCUCAACAACAAAGAAAAGGAAAAGGAAAAGGAGAAGCCUCAACCCGUCUCUCUGGAGGAAAUUCAACAGGUCAAAGCGAUGCAAUCGGCAGAAAAGGUUGAAGAACAAAAUAUGAUGCAGCCGAUCAGCAGUCAAGAGCGUGUCGACUACAACCCCGGCUUGACGAAUCAAUUGCCACAGGCCACUUAUAACGACAUCAACAAUCCAUUCCCGAUCGAAGAUUUCGACACGUCUCCACUCGGCUUC